GAAGAAAAAUAACAUUGUGUGGGUCUUAAUAUUUUGAACCCACUCUAGCCAAUCAGAGCGGAACAUGUGAAACGCUUUUGCCGUUUAAAAGAUGUGCGGAAAAAUAUUUCAGGGAAACGUAGUCUGCAAGCAAUGUAGCUAGCUAAGGCAAUUCAGAUUAUAUAAAAACAAGAGAAUAGCUAUGUAUUCAGGUAAAUGCUAGAAUAUAGAUUUAGGCAUACGGUAAUAUACAUUAGUUAUGGUUAGCUAGCUAUGAGAAUUGUUAUUUAGCUAACGUUAGAUGAUUUCGAACGUGGGCUAGCCACACGAGAAUGAUCGCGCCUAGCUGGGUCGAUUCUGCGGGGACUGGAUAAUUGGCAGUGACUCGGCGGUUGCUUUUGGUCGACCUAGCUAGUUGCAGGUUACGUGUAGAAUGAUUUGGUAUGUCAAGUUAGCUAGAUUGUUUUGAAUGAGAAGGGCAUACGCAAAGAAUUGUUGGCGAUUUAAAAGGAAGGGGACGUGGGCUACGAUAACUAAUUUAGCUGUUAUGCUAACGCGUUAGAUUCAAGAGGGAUAAUAGUAGCUAAGCAUAGACCUGCAUGUUGGCUAAGUUGGUACAGUAUAUGUUGAAAGUUUAAGAAGGCACAGUGAAAGUAAUUUGUAAAGUGAAAGAUGAAGGUAAUGGAAAGAAAUGUGAUGCGUCUGGCUAUUGUGCAACACCUUCGUACUGCUUAUGGGAUAAAGACUAAGAAUUGGAACAAAAACAAAGCACGCACCAGCUGCAAGUUGACAGCUAACAACAAGGUGAAAGUGUUUGGUGUACCGCUGGAAAGCCUUCUGCAGUACAGUGUGGAGAAUGGGAGUAUACCAUGCUUUCUCAUAGAUGCAUGUGCAAGUCUGCUGGAGCAUGUGGAUACAGAGGGCUUGUUCAGAAAGUCUGGCUCCGUUGUUCGUCUGAAAGCACUCCGGGUGAAGUUGGAUAAGGGUGAGAGGUGCCUGUCCACUGCCCUGCCGUGUGAUGUGGCUGGCUUGGUCAAGCAGUUCUUUAGGGAGCUACCAGAUCCUGUUAUGCCUACAGAGCUGCAUGAUGCCUUCCUCAAGGCCCAGCAGCUGCCCACAGAGGAGGAGAGGACCUAUGCCACCCUGCUGCUGUCCUGUGUACUGCCUGACCUGAACAUGAGCAUUCUACGUUACUUUUUUGGCUUCCUCAACAAAGUCUCUCAAAGGAGUGGUGUGAAUAAGAUGGACAGCAGUAACCUGUCUGUGAUCAUGGCUCCCAACCUCUUACACGCCGGAGACGGGGCAGACAAGAUGAACGCCAGCACAGAGAAACGCCUCAAGCAACAGGCAGCUGUGGUCCACUGCCUUAUAGAACACGCUUCAGACUUCGGUGUGGUACCUCAGUUCAUCAUGGAGAAGAUUCCAACCAUGCUGGGCUGUGAGGCAGGUGUUCUGUCCCCUACUCUUGAGCGACUAGAGGACUUGGACACAAAUUCAGGGGCCAAGAGGAGAUGCAGGCGCAGUCUAGGGGAUAUGGUCAAUGGAGCUCUGAAUAAGUUAAAAACAAAUAGAACACCCACAAAUACUCCCCAGUCUGACAGAUAUGUCUUUUCUUCUGCAACUCCUGUGAUAAUUACUCCCAGCUCCAAGAGAGAAAUUCCUUUGGAAUCUGGUCAUAGUUAUGGAUUCUCCAACAAGAAACGGAGAUCCAUCAAAAAGAACCUUGGUUUAGAAUUAUUUCCUAAUACUCUGUCCGGUGGAAGCUCCACUCCUGGACCAGGAUACCUUGACCCAAGUGCCUCAAAAACCCUCGACUCCUCCCAUAAUGCUUUGGCCUUAGUUGGGAGGUCCAGCGGGCAGUCUGCCAGGUCUGCAAGGAGAAAGAGCAAACGACUGAGUCACCGACAUUUUGUCGACAGAGUAGAGUCGGGGAAGGCUGGUUGCUUCUCUCCCAAGGUCGUCAAGAAAGAAAAUGUUCGCAAGUCCCUGCGUCUACGCUUCAGCCUGGGCAAGAGCAGCAGAGACCCUAGAGAGGGUUCAGAGUUCAUUGGUUGGCGACUUGCCACUCCAGAGAGCACCACCAGUUUUUGCUUCACCAAAGAUGCCAAAUUUAGCCCUACUGUUUUGCAAAACAAGAGUGCCUCAAAGGGCUCCAAGUUUUACAGUAAGUCAGAGGACAACCUGCUAACCCCCCAGUGUGACGGCAGUGCCCUCCGGACGUCUUGGAGUGGGGAGACCCCUGAUGAGGGCCAUGUCUUCAGCGGAGGCUCCUUCACUGACACCCCCAUUAACAUGUGUCUGAAGAACAACUACUGCUCUGAGCCUGCCAUCGUGGUGGCCAAGCCCCCCAUGGUGGCCAGCUUCCCCUUCCCCUCCAGAGCUGAAAGCCUCGAGAGUGAGAGCUCAUUCAGCCAGACUCUGACCAGGCCCACCCUGCUCAAGAUUAAAAGAGCCUUCACUGAGUCCGGCAGCGACCUACAGGGAGUACUGAGGGACGACAGUGCCCCCUCUGAAGGGGGCAAGGCAACACAGCCUGAGAACACUCAAACCGAUUCAACAGAUUCAACUCCUUCUGAAUCUUCUACACUCAAAUGUAUGUCACCAAACAAAGAGUGUUCUGGCAUGCCAACUCCUUGGAGGCAUCUGGCUGAUGACCAGAACAUCACAUUUGGUCAGAUUGAGUUUGUUCCUCUGUCUCCCUUGUAUAUAGAUAGUGCCCUGUUUGAAGUGGAAGGAUGUGGCAGUCUGUCAGAGAAGGCCUGUGACUGGCCGCUGUAUGCUGGUGACAGGUCUGUGGCGGGAGAGACAGAUACUGUGGCUGAGCAGGUGAACUGCAGCAAGCUGAUCGAUGCCCUGGACAUCCAGAGCCCUGCUCACUUCACACGCAGCAUUGCUGCUGGGGUCCAGUCCACUCCAUACAGAGCUUCAGGGCUGGAGUACUUUCAGGAGCUCAAGACCCCUCUUCCCCCUGUGGGUACAGUGCCUGUAAUGGUACAUGUUGAUGAGGCUGUGGCAUCCCCAGAACCCAGUGCCCACCCCCAGAGGCAGGAACAGCAGCCAGUGGAGCUGCCUUCCCCAGGCACCCUGGAGACCCGCAGGCUAAGGGUGGUAGACCACAUCCAGCGCUUCAACAAGCUCACCCUGUGUUCACCCAAAUCACAGGCCAAAGCAGUCAGGUCCCCCCUCAAGUUCCAGCGUACUCCUGUGCGCCAGUCUAUCCGCAGGAUCAACUCCUUACUGGGGAACAGGUGGCCUGUACCGGCUGGUAUCACCUCCUCCAGCCAGGUAACCGCCAUCCCUGUGGGAGGGGCUGUCAGCCUGAAGAGUGGCCUGUCUGCUGGGGCUCAGCGCCAGCCUCACCAGGGCCAGGCAGACGACCAGAGAGGCCCCACACUUGACACGGUCCGCUCCACAAAAACCUGUCCUCCUCCAGUCCCACCCAAGAAGCCAGCCAGCAUCGCCCGCAAACCCAGGAAUUACACUCUAAGUGACGUGACCAACAAGGUACAACUGAAGGCCAAAGGUGACACACCCGUUAAAGACCCAGGAGGUGAAGGUGGGAGGUCUGUGGUACAGCAGGUGGCUGAGAAGGAUAUGUGUUACUACAGAGGCUCCCCCAGGAACCCCCUCAGCGAGGGCAGACUGCUGUCAGCCACCAAGCCCAUAGACCUCUAGUCUAGUAGAACUCACCCUUCACUAUGCAGGUCUCCCUAUCUGGAUAUAUACUGUCUCAUAGUAUGGCUUCAAAACAUUCCUGCAAUUUUUAUGUCUUCAGUUGUUUUCAGGGAUUUAAUUUAUUUUACUUCUUAGAUACUGUUCUCUGAGUGCUUGGGGUGACUGAUCUGUUGCACUGCCUUAGUAGUUUACUCUGUUGGUAAAAUAGUUUUGCACAUGCAUAUCAGUGUAAAGGAAUGUGUAUUUUUGAAGGUGUUUGUAGUCUGUUAGACUAGUGUGAAAGGCAAUUGCUGAACGGUUGGGUGUAUGGCGUGAAGUUUUUAGAGUUAAAGGACAAAACCACUUUAUAACCAGUUAUUAUGAUGUUAGUGUAUGCCCCACCAUAAGAUCUGAUACUAAUUUUUGUCUGUCAUACUGCACGAUUACUAGUGUUUGUCAUUUAAGCUCCUGCAUUGGCCACAUUAUUUUUUUUCUUUUUUUUUUUUCUUUUUUUUUUACUUGCUGUGUUGUACUCACUUCGCCUCCAUAGCCUUUUUAUAUUUUUAAUUAUUUAUACAUAUAUCUGUUUGCCUUCACCUCCCUUAUCUCACCUCACUUGCUCACAUUGUAUAUAGACUUAUUUUUUUUAUUUUUUUAUUUUUUCACUGUAUUAUUGACUAUAUGUUUGUUUUUACUCCAUGUGUAACUAUGUGUUGUUGUAUGUGUCGAACUGCUUUGCUUUAUCUUGGCCAGGUCGCAAUUGUAAAUGAGAACGUGUUCUCAAUUUGCCUACCUGGUUAAAUAAAGGUUAAAUAAAAUAAAAAAUAAAUAAAUAAAACAUCUACAGUAUACUACAAUUCCCAGGGUGCGUUUCACCUAUCAGGAUGCAAUGCUCCGUCCAGUCGGCAGUUAGCUUUACAAGCGUCAUCUGAGUGCAUUUCAUAUUAUAAUGCUUGCAUGUAUAUCAUGCUGAAUAUAUGUUCAUCCCACCUUCACCAAUCAACUGCAUUACACUCAAAUAAUAGAAUUUAGAUGCUAACGAAUGCUAAGCAUACGUUACUGUAUCUGAUGGUUAGCUAGCAUUCUAGCUAGCCUGACUGCUACAUCCAAAAUAGUUUUUUGCAACAAUAACAACUGAGUUUAAUCUUAGCUACUGUCUUAAACAACAGUCCAACAUGUAGGCCUGUUAGAACACAUUUAUGACAUUUACAGGCAAAUCACUAUGGAAUCCUAGUCUCAUUUAAUGUAUAUUUUGUGCUGACAUUAGCAAUGCUAGCCAAGUACCUAACCCUGUUGCAUUGGAAGUAGUGUGAUCAACAAUAGCUGCCAAAUACAGCCUUAGCAACCAUCCAACAACAUUAGGCCUAUUGGGAACUAAUGAGAAUAUAGGCUAUUCGGAGCUGCAACUUUGUUGAUGGUGGGAGUGGUUUUGCCAAAUGGAAUCAUGGCAAUUUGAGCCUUGAACAACAGAAACGCAUUGAUGUAAACUAGCUAUACAUAUCAUUCUAUAGGUUUUUGAGCGUCUAUUUAUUUACAGAUAUUAGACAAAGACAACCGAGCAACAUAUGAUCAGAACUAGAUGGGUUACAUCGAUAGCUGAAAAUUACUGUCCAUUUAUUUUAUUAGUCAUUUCAGGGAUCCUACUUGAAAACAAUUUCUGGUUUUGCGCAUCACUAAACAGUCAAUAUACAUGAAAUCAUAAAGUUACACAAACUAUGUAAGACAUCACUAAAUACUUCAUAAUAAUCCAGAUGUUGAAAGUGGCGGAGUUGCCCAUUAAGAUUUUAUUUUUGCUUUUUUUUUUUUUUAUAUUGCGGUCCUAAUUUGGUAAAGGUCUACGAAACUAUUUCCCUACUUUUAUUUUCUAUAAUUAAGGGCUAUUUUUUACUAUGUUCAUUUGCUUUGGAUUAAACAUGUUAACUGACCAAUACACCUUUGGGGGAAAUUUAUGAAUAAAACUUGUCAAGCAGUAUUUAUUUAAAGCACCUCUGCAUUGCAGUCUGACCAUUUCAAAACGUGUCAUUUUUGUUAAAUAGAAAAAUCCAAACAUUAAAAAUGUUUUUCUUAACUUGGAAACAAUUCAUUAUACUGUCUGCACACAUGCUGUUUAGGACAUAUUAUUUAGGGCAGAGUUCCCCAACUGGCGGAUUUUAAAAGACAAAAAAAAAACUGUAAAUCCGUUCCAAGUGAUUAGAAGUUUUGGAAAUCUGUUCCAAAGUAUUCCCAUGCAUAAUAGAUGUGAUCAUGUAAAUAAUGAAAGAAAGGUUUGACAUGAUUGUUUUAGUCAAAUGUUAUAACUGUUUGGCUACAUGACCAUCCUUCAAGAAGAAAUUGGCCGGAUGCUGAAUCGAGCCAAUCACCUCUGGUAAUUGCAAUUUACUUCCAGAAGGGGGUGUACUAAAAUCGCUUGUUGGAGCAGCUGCAAUGUAUACUGAACAAAAAUAUAAAUGCAACAUGCAGUAAUUUUCAAAGAUUUUACUGAGUUAUGUUCAUAUAAGGAAAUUGGUCAAUUGAAAUAAAUGAAUUGGACCCUAAUCUAUCGAUCUGGAUAGGAUACCUUGAAAUGCUGUUUAAUCAGCUUCUUCAUAUGCCACACCUGUCAGGUGGAUGGAUAAUCUUGGCAAAUGAGAAAUGCUUACUAACAGGGAUGUAAACAAAUUUGUGCACAAAAUUUGAGAGAAAUGUGAUUUGUGUGCAUGUGGAACAUUACUAGGAUCUUAUAUUUCAUCUCAUGAAACAUGGGACCAACACUUUACAUAUUGAGUUUAUAUUUUUGUUCAGUGUAGCAGCACUACUGUAUUUCAUAUGAGAUUUAUGUGACUGCUUAAUCCAGCAGAUGGUGCCCUGUCUGUCUUUUUGAGAAUGUCUGUGCCACAAACUGACACUACUCUCACCUACAAGGGAAAGAGAGCUUGUGAAGGCAUAUCACUAUUGAUCCAUAGGAAUGUAAAAAAAAAUUGGAUAACAAAAUUUGAUCAACAUGAUAUCACUAAUUCCUCUCAGUUGAAUCAAAAGCUUGUCUGAUAACCUCAGGCAAAUGACCUUAGCACUGGUAAUGGAGUAUUCAUGAGGACAUCAAUAAAUAAACUAUAGUUGUUAUUGAGGUGUUUAGACCUCAAACAUUAUAGACAGAGGGAGGGGAUAUGUGGAUAUGCUUGAAUACUGCGCAAUGGUCACUAUCUGGAAUAAAAAUCCUGGAUGUAGUGCAUAUGAUGUCCCUAACGACCCACUACACACAUCAGCUAUGUGGUAAUGGAGUAUGGAUGUUUGUUAUCCUAUUAAAAAUAUACAUUUGUA